AUCAUCAUUUGGAACAACAACUAUUAUUGCGAGUAUCCAGCUAUAUUGACCGUCAGGGCCAGCUUGGGACUGGCGCGAAGCACCUGUACUGGGCUGGUUAACAAUUAUCAUCACUAUAUUUUUACUAACCUUAUCUUGCAUUAUUUUUUUUUUUGAAUAAUGGUAGUUUUUGCCACAACUCGAACAAGCAGGUUCUGUACAUUCUGUACAAAAUUUUCGUUAUUAUCAAGCUUGAUCAUUCACUUGAAUAUACUUAUCAUAGUGGUUAUUGUGAUAAACUAAUCCAAAGAAGAUCCAGUUCUAAACAGAUCGCUGGUGGUUCUCAACAAGAUAUAGCGAAAUUAGCAGGUCCGGCUGAACCCAUAGUUUCAGAAAUUCCAUUUGAUCAAGAUCAUGGACAAACUUCGAGACAUGAAAGUGAGAUUCCAAUGGAUGUGGAUCCAUAUGAUCCUAAAAAUGAAUCAGAUGAUGAUGGUAACGACAACGAUGAUAACGACGAUGAUGAUAACAAUGAUGAGUAUGAUCAACUUGAACAAGUCUUCGAAAAGUCUUUGAGACGAGAACCAAGCUUAAAUUCAUUUUGGUCUUCAACUGUAUCACCAUUAAACAAAGACGAAAGAGAUUUUUUGAAACAAUUCAUUGUGGAAAUGUCGGAAGUACGUCUAAAAAAAUCGAUUCCAAAUUCACAUGUGGAAGAACUGGGAACGGUUAUUGCUAAUAAUUUUGUAAAAGCUUUCGAAUAUUCUGAGAAUAUUAGAAAUAUUAUGGCACGGUAUUGCUCCAGUUGUUAUUUGCAAAACAACUUUUUGGAAUUGCAAGACUCUUAUGUACAACCUACCCAGAUAACUACUUCUGACGACCAACUUUCUAUCCAAUAUUUUUCAGUUGAAGGAAUUUUGAAAUCCAUAAUCAAUCAACAUCCCUCGUUGAUUGAUUCAAUCGAAAAAGAAAAAUCAUUGAAUUUUAUUCCCGAACAGAAUCGAAAAAAUAUGGUUAUCCGGAAUGAGUUGGACACGACUUAUUAAAGCAUGUUUCGAAGAUUAAAAGGAAAAUUGCGAGUUGAAAUUUCCCUUGAUGAUUUUUCUUUUAUUGGAAAAAAUGGAAAGAAAUUCUUAGCCGGUUACAUAUCAUGCACUAAUCUACCAUUGAAAAAACAAACAAAACGCGAUAACAUAUAUUUAUUUUUGAUGGUUAAGAGACCAAGUACUCGGAUAUUUGAAGCAAUGAACCAAAUAUUGAAACCAUUCGUUGAUGAAAUGAAGCUGCUUGAAAAAAACGGCAUAACAAUUGAUAAUGAAAAUGGUGAAACAACCAAAAUCGAUGUUACACUUUCGAAAGUUGUGUGUGACAACCUAGCUCAAAAUGAGAUACAAAUAACCGAUCAGGAAAAAGUUGAAUCCAAAAUGGCAAAUUUUCUUCAGUUAGGUCCAUACCAGACCGCAUUUCCAGUUGCCAAAAAAAUUACCUACAUCUUGAACCUGUGGAAAAUGCAUCAGCAUCAAAAGUACUGAAGGCAUUGAGAAACUUCGCAUCAUCAAUUCUCGCCCCAUUGUGGAUGUGAAUGGAUCGGUGUUGACUCCGAAUAAAAAUUGAUAUAUGGCACAGAAUUAAGGAAACCGUGCCGCAACCACCGCGUACUGUUAAAAUAGACUUGAACGUGAUUCAUUCAACAAUCAUUUCUUGUCUGUCACACAUAUAAAAACAGCACAUUUACACACAUGACAACGUUGGUCUUUUAUUUUGUUCUACACAAGACACAAUCAUCAUCUUAUCAUCUGAUUCAUUUUCUUCCUUUAUUAUUGUUUCUGCAUACUUAUUUUUUCUUUUGGCUUAAUCAAUAAACAUUAAAUUAAACAUUUCCAACAGGUUAUGGGUCUGAGCAGUUUUCAUGCUACGUACUGAAACUUUGUGUCCGAUAUUUAUAAAAUUGUGCUUCUGUCUUCAUGCUUCUUAUCUUUGAUCUGUUAAUCGACAAUGACACAACUAAAUCCAAAAAAUGUCCAAUUUCUAUCUUUGGAUAAGGUGCCACUGGUACGAAUCGAUCAAAGAGUGUCUAAUCGCUAUGGAGUGCGAGGAUUACAUCGACCCAAAAUUCGAUUACAAGCCAAAGGAUGGUUUAUCCAAGCAACAAAAAAUCGGCAUCAAUAGCCGCAAAAAUUUGAUUAAGUCAUCAUUAAACUCCAUGGAUCGAGAAACGGUAAUUAACUGUGAAACACCGCUGGAAAUGACAAACAAGAUUUAGUAUAAGAAGCGAUUCUUGUUGCUGGUGCGAAGCCGCAGUCCAGGAUCCGGUGCAUUUGUGUUGAAGAUCAGAGACAAAAAUUUACGUUUUUAAAUGGUUUUAUUUAUUAAUCAUGAAAAAGAAUAUUUUAUAUUUUCAAUAAUAAUACAACUACAAAAAUCAUGAAACAACAACACGUUGUUCGAGUACAAUUCUAAUUGAUAUUCAGAUAUGACGUUAUUUUACACAAUCUUUUAACAAUUUGGUCUGUCGAUUAGGUUGUUGAUCAAAUCAUCUCGACGUCGCUAAUGCUGCUGUUGAUGGUGGACAAAAAAAAGCGACCACUGCCACAGCAAGGAUUAAUCGUUCAAUGUGUCAUUGUUUUUAAAUAGUCAUCAUCAACAUCAUGUAAAUUGUUCCCAUUGUGCAUGCGUUUUGCGCGCCUUUUAUGAUUGUCAUUCGAGCCUUAUAAAGGAUUUUAGCAUCAUCUUUGAGUGGUUGGCUCAGCAUCAUUGUAUUGAUUUGUUCUUGUAUUUUUACAAUUGUCGUCAUGCAUUAAUCUAAUUCUAAUAAAGACAACGAAAAUUAUUCAAAACCGACCACCGUUGUUUAUUUUUCGUCUAAUGGUGCCGAUUUUGAUAUGGUCGACUUUGCUGGCGUCGGUUUCGAUAUGGUCGUUGGUAGCGCCGGUGUUGUUGUUGUAGUUGAAUGUCGAAUUGUUGUUGUAAUUCUUGUUGUUGAAUAUGGAAUUGUCGUUGCAAUUCUUGUUGUUGCAUCUUGAAUAGUAUCGAUUCAAACGACAAUACAACUAAAACGAAAAGGUACGAGUUGGUAUCAGGACGAUGAUGCAAUUGCGCUCCACAAGCAAGUUUGUUACUUGAAUUUGUUCGCAAGUCGAGUAUCGGAACAUGUAUGUACUUUGUCUUUGUGUAUGUCUUGUUCUAUUGGAUUGUGGGUUGAAAUAGCCAAAUUGAAAAUAGCCAAGGCAGAAAAGAUUGUGGGUUAAAAUAGCCAAGGCAGAAAAUAUCCAAGGCAGAAAACAGCCAAAACUGAAAACAGAUAUUUUCAAUUUGGCUAUUUUAACCCGCAACCGUUCUAUUGAUGUAUGCGCGUUUUCUUUAAUGUGAUCUAUUCCAAAAACUUUAAUUUAAUUUUUUGGGAGGGCACCUGUGAUAUAUAAACCAAUAUAAUUGUAUAACAAAAA